CGCAAACGCGGCAUACGGCACACACAAUCGAUAGCGGCGGCGUGCGCGAGAACCGUCUGAUGGAGAUGACGGAGCGACAGACCUUUGCGGCCGGCAAACGCACGGCGCAACAGACCUACCUCAACGGCGAUUGUACCUAGAUCUUUUCGGCUUUCAACACUUCUCGAUACAUGCACAAUGCGAGUGUGUUGUCUCCGGGUGUUUGUCGACGGUGAUCUGUGGGACUGCCUGCUUAUAGUGAAACACAACCGGAAAUAUGUCCUGUACACGACUGUUGACCAGCUGCCGUUCAGCAUGUCGGCGGAACUGUGCUCGCUAGGUCUGAAUGGUACUCGGGAUCCCAUGCCCGCGGUAAUGGACGCCAAUUGUCUAGAGUGCGUCAUCAAGGCAUUGGAGAACAGCAACACACUCAAACGAUUGGUCAUGAGACAGAUGAACAGCGUUGCGUCGGUAGACAACAACAACAUUGUGGUUGGCUUCAACGACGUUCAACUAGUUACACCGGACAAAUAUAGACUGCCUUACACAUGGUGCGAACUAUAUGAAAAAACUGAUACUGAAUACAGAGAGCUUGAAAACAUAAUGGCUUGGUUAUCAACUCUAGGUGGAGCUUUCUCAUCAUUGGGAGAUCAGACAGAACACUGUGCAGUUGUUGCAGGAAAUAUUUCAUUGCAACAAUUAAGAAUAGCAAUACGAAUUGGUGAUCCUUUGACUGCUGCCCGAUGUAAGCUGUAUGCUGCUAUUAGUCUCAUGCAGCGUGGUUUUUAUAGACAAGCAAAACUCAUUGUUCAGAAUCAAUACAUGUUUAUAAAAUCUCAAUUAGUUGUCGAUGAGCGACUUAUCAAGAUGUGUUGUGGUAUAUGGACAAAAUUGCGAUAUGAAUGGAAUCGAAAAAAAUAUUUUAAAAAAAAAAUGUAGUAUAUUUUUACAUCAAAUCAUAAAAGAUAACUGAAUUAAAUUAAAGAGAAAUAUUUAUAUUA